GGGGCAGCGCUCGCAGGGCUGCGGGGCCGCGCCCGCUCCGGGCUCCCUCCAGCGGCAGCCGGGCCGCAGGGACCGGCCGCCGCCGCUGCCUCCCCGGCCCCUGCGUCCCUGCCGCAUUGCGGCCCCCCAGCUCCCUCCUUACCGCCCCGGCCCUUCUCUGAGUGCCGGCCGCGGGGCCGCUGUCACCGUCGUGCUGCUCGCCGCCCUGCGCGGCUGCCCCGUCUCCGAGGGGACCGAGGCUGAUCCUCCGCCCGCCGCCGCAGAGCUCUGUCCGUGGUGCCUGCGGGCAGGCCGGGAUCCGCCGAUCCGCCAGCGGGGCCGCGGGGGCCCUGCUCUCACGGUGCCAUGAGUUUCUUCGGGUUCGGACAGACCCCGGAGCUGGAGCUGGUGCUCAGCGACGCCGAGAGCCGGCGGCGUGUGGAGCACAAGACGGAGGAAGGCAAGAAGGAGAAAUAUUUCCUCUUCUACGACGGAGAGACCGUGUCGGGGCGGGUGGUCCUCACCCUGAAGAACCCCCACAGGCGGCUGGAGCACCAGGGCAUCAAAGUGGAGUUCAUUGGGCAGAUCGAACUCUACUAUGACCGAGGAAAUCACCACGAGUUCGUGUCCCUGGUGAAGGACCUGGCCCGGCCUGGAGAGUUCACUCAGUCCCAGACCUUCGACUUCGAGUUCACACAUGUGGAGAAGCCUUACGAGUCCUACACAGGGCAGAACGUGAAGCUACGCUAUUUCCUCCGCGCGACCGUCAGCCGCCGGCUGAACGAUGUGGUGAAGGAGAUGGACAUCGUCGUGCACACUCUGAGCACCUACCCUGAGCUCAACUCCUCCAUCAAGAUGGAAGUGGGCAUUGAGGAUUGCCUGCACAUUGAGUUUGAGUAUAACAAGUCCAAGUAUCACUUAAAGGAUGUGAUUGUUGGGAAGAUCUACUUCCUGCUGGUGCGGAUCAAGAUCAAGCACAUGGAGAUAGACAUCAUCAAGAGAGAGACGACAGGGACUGGGCCCAAUGUCUACCACGAGAACGACACCAUAGCUAAAUACGAGAUCAUGGAUGGGGCACCUGUCAGAGGGGAGUCCAUUCCCAUCAGGCUGUUCCUGGCUGGCUAUGAGCUGACUCCAACCAUGAGGGACAUCAACAAGAAGUUCUCGGUGCGUUAUUACCUCAACCUGGUGCUGAUUGACGAGGAGGAGAGACGCUACUUCAAACAGCAGGAGGUGGUGCUUUGGAGGAAAGGAGACAUAGUGAGGAAGAGCAUGUCCCACCAAGCAGCCAUCGCCUCGCAGCGCUUUGAGGGGACCUCCUCGCACCCCGAGGCCAAGACCACCACCCAGCCCGCAGAGAACAACGGCCGGCAGUGAGGGGCCACGCUGAGGAGGGCUGCUGGGGAGCUGGUGAGGGACAGCAGCGAGGAGGAAAGAAACAAACAAAAAACCACUUCAGAGACUUCGUGACAAUAAAUAUCCGUUUUUGACUUAA